GUUCUGUGUGCUUGCGGCUCGCCUUGGAGGGCCGAGGGGAGGCCAACGGGGGCUGACUGAUUACAGCUUGUUAGCUGCCGCAGGCGAUCCGGCAGUGAGGCUGGUGCAUCCGACUGCUGUGGGCGAGAGGACCUUGAGGCGGGGAUAGGAAAGUAGCCUGCUGCAGGGAAGUGGAGUGGACUAGGUGCCUGCGCCUGGACCUCCUGCUGAGGUUGCGUUCAGGUCAUCAUUUCCGUCUUGGGGCUUGCAUGCGUUUCGUGUUUUAAGAGGAAUCCCGGCUACUGGAAUCGGAAUAGACCGGCCAGCACCUAUCAGUAGCCUACGACUGCUGUUCCCUCCUGCAUCCCUUUGACCCAAAAGUACUGAAGCAGCUUUUUUUUUUUUAGUUUAUUCAGUGCCGUAGAAACACUUGGGUUUUAAUCUUGGCUUUGUUAUUGCUUAACCAUGUUGACGCUUGGACACAACUUUAUCUUUAACGGGGCAGUAUGAUUUUCACUAUUGAUUUCAUAGCAUCAUUGUGAGGAUCAAAUGACGGUAUGUGUAGAAAGAGCUUAGCAGCCAUAAAAUUGUUUAUAUAUGUAAAUUAUUGUUGUUAUAUGUAUUUUUCUUAAAUUCCUGGCCAUCCUGGUUGUUUUCACUAAGUCUUAUUGGUGAUUUAUAAGCAAAUCAAUGACUCAGAUCAUUUGAUUAUGUAACAUAAGAGUCUGAAAAAUAUCUUGCCUGACCCUAAAUUUUCAAAAUGAGUAUGCUCAUCUUCUUGUGGAAUUAAAUGGAUUGAUUUUCCUGGUAACAGGAAAGUUGAGGUAUGUUCAGUGCUCCCAGUGCCCUUUCUUAUUUUUGAAAGUGAUUUCUUUUGGCUCAGCAGUGUCUAGAAACAAGAGGAGACCAAGUACAAAUUUCUCCAAACUAGAUCUCAAUUGGAAGAUGAGUAGAUUUGGGGGGAAAACUGUAACUGUACAGUCAGGAGAAGCUAUAUCCCUUGGCCCCCAGGUUCCCCAUACGGAGGAUGAGCUUGUCAUAGUGAACUUGGAGAAAAAGGGUUGUAGAAGGGAACAGAACACAAGCAUUCAAGGGAGCAGCCCUCCAAAGCAGAACAUCUUCCAAAACUUGGGGCAGUUUCGUUACUGUGAAGUUUCUGGUCCACGAGAGGCUCUGACUCGCCUACAGAAUCUCUGUUGGGAAUGGCUGAGACCAGACAUCCACACAAAGGCACAAAUCCUGGAGCUGGUGGUGUUGGAGCAAUUCUUGACCAUUCUCCCUGAGACACUCCAAACCUGGGUUCAGAAGCAUUGUCCAGAAAGCCCACAGGAGGUGGUGACCCUAUUGGAGGAUUUGGAAAGAGAGCCAGAUGAAUCAGAUCAGGUCCCCACCAAUGCACCAAAAAGACCAGUGUCUUCAAAAGAGACAGCAGCCCAGGGAACAAUGCAGAAAUUUGAUGUACAUCUCCAUGCCAUGGAAACCCAGUUUAAGACUAUGCCCAGCCCCCUACAGCAAAAUGCCACUUGUAUUUCUGCCCUUCCUCAAGAGAAGCAGCACCCUGUAGUCCUAGCAGUAACACUUUUGACCACUGAGCCCCAGGAGUUGUUGACGUUUGAAGAUGUGGCCCUGUCUUUGACUCUGGAGGAAUGGGUACAAUUGGACCUGCAUCAGAAAGACCUCUACAGGAAUGUCAUGCUGGAGAAUUAUGAGAAUGUUGUCUCAUUGGGAUUAUCAUUUUCCAAACCUGCUGUGAUUUCCCAGUUGGAACGAGAGAAAGAGCUAUGGCUUUUGGAUAUUCAGGGAGCUGAGAACAGAGAGGUCUGGAAAAGUAGCAGCCCAGGUGGUGAGACUAGGACAGCAACCUACAAGCCAGCCUCCAACUGGGAAAGUUCUGAAGAAUUUCAUUCAGAGAGAUUGAGAAAACUACAGAAGGAAGGUCCCCAGUUACAUACCAUUUGGAGAAGUCUUUGACCAUCAAGGCAAGUUAAAAAGUGUACAGGGAAGACACCCAGGGGAGAAACUAAAGGGAGAAAAGGAAACUCUGAGAGAAGUGACUAUGAU